AUGGAUCAAUAUCUAAGGGAUAAACUUUUAAGUGAUGUUGAAGGAACUUGUACGGGUCAAUUUGGUUAUAUAAUUUGUGUACUAGAUAGUCAUCAAAUUGAUGUUGGUAAAGGUAGAAUAAUACCUGGUUCAGGUAUGGCUGAAUUCGAAGUUAAAUAUAGAGCGGUUGUUUGGAAACCUUUCAAGGGUGAAGUUGUAGAUGCUGUAGUUACAACAGUUAAUAAAAUGGGGUUUUUCGCUGAUGUUGGUCCAUUAUCAGUAUUUGUAAGUACUCAUUUAAUUCCAUCAGAUAUGAAAUUUAAUCCUUCUGCAAAUCCUCCUGCUUAUGUUAGUCCCGAUGAAAAUAUAGAAAAAGGUUCAAGAGUAAGAUUAAAAAUAGUAGGUACAAGAACUGAUGUUAAUGAAAUUUAUGCAAUUGGAAGUAUAAAAGAAGAUUAUUUGGGUCCAAGUCCAAUGUAA